AUGAUGGAGUCAUCAACGACAACAUCGUAUUCGGUCGUGUCGGAGCUCGAAGGAACACUAUUGAAAAACCCUAACCCCUUCGCUUACUUUAUGCUCGUUGCUUUCGAGGCUUCAGGUCUAAUCCGUUUCGCGAUCUUGCUGUUUCUCUGGCCUAUCAUAGCACUCCUUGACGUUUUGGGCUACAAAAACGGUAGCCUUAAGCUAAUGAUCUUCGUUGCAACGGUCGGUUUGCGCGAAUCGGAUAUCGAAUCAGUGGCUCGAGCCGUUCUUCCCAAAUUCUACAUGGAUGAUGUCAGCAUGGACGCUUGGAGAGCGUUUGGUUCGUGCGAGAAGAGAGUCGUUGUGACGAGAAUGCCACGAAUUAUGGUGGAGAGAUUCGCUAAGGACCAUCUUAGAGGUGAUGAGGUUAUCGGUACAGAGAUAAUAGUUAACCGGUUCGGUUAUGCCACCGGUUUGAUUCAGGAAACCGAUGUCGAUCGAUCUGUUUUCAACAGUGUGGCUAACUUGUUUGUGGACCGAAGACCUCAACUAGGUCUUGGACGAUCGGUUAUCUCGGGUUCUCCAACUUUCUUAUCGUUAUGUGAGGAGCAAAUUCACGCACCGGUACCAUCAAACUACAACGGUCAUAAUCAGCGACUACACAUGCAGCCACUACCGGUUAUCUUCCACGAUGGACGUCUGGUUAAGUUACCAACACCAGCCACUGCAUUCCUCAUCCUUCUUUGGAUACCAUUUGGAAUAAUCCUAGCCGCGAUUCGGAUCUUCGUCGGGUUCAUUCUCCCGUUUUGGGCCCUUCCUUACGUUUCGCGGAUUUUCAACACUCGAUUCAUUGUCAAAGGCAAGCCUCCCGCACCAGCAACGGCCGGAAAUCCAGGUGUAUUAUUCGUAUGCACUCAUAGAACCUUAAUGGAUCCGGUUAUAUUAUCUUAUGUUCUCGGACGUAGCAUUCCAGCUGUUACCUAUUCCAUUUCUCGGUUAUCCGAGAUUCUAUCUCCCAUUCCAACCUUCCGGUUAACUCGAAUUCGAGAUCUAGAUGCUGAGAUGAUCAAGAAAGAGUUGUCUAAUGGGGAUUUAGUUGUAUAUCCUGAGGGAACCACUUGUCGCGAACCGUUUUUGUUGAGAUUUAGCGCGCUUUUCGCGGAAUUAACGGACAAGAUUGUACCCGUGGCAAUGAACUAUAGAGUUGGAUUCUUUCAUGCGACUACUGCUAGAGGAUGGAAAGGUUUGGACCCGAUCUUCUUUUUUAUGAACCCAAGACCGGUUUACGAGGUGACGUUUUUGAACCAGCUUGAAGUGGAGGCUACGUGUUCCUCAGGGAAGAGCCCAUAUGACGUGGCUAACUAUGUACAGAGAAUCUUGGCGGCUACGUUAGGGUUUGAGUGUACUAACUUCACGAGGAAGGAUAAAUACCGAGUUCUCGCAGGGAACGACGGAACUGUGUCGUAUUCGUCGUUUCUUGAUCAAGUCAAGAAAGUGGUCACCACUUUCAAACCUUUUUUCCAUUAG